AUGAAAUGGUUUGGGGAAACUAUUGUAAUAAUAAUUAUAAUUAUUCUUUCGGGAAUUUCUACUGUGAUAUCAGUCGGACCGGAUAUCUUUUACACUACUGCUCAACGAAUAGCCAAUUAUAAAUAUCCAGUUGAAACACACGAAGUUCAAACCAGCGAUGGAUACUUGCUAACUAUAUUUCGUAUUCCCCAUUCACGGAAAGAAUCGAAUUCCACCAACAAUCAACGUCCAAUUGUAUUUCUUCAACAUGGCAUCCUUUCAUCUUCUGACGUUUUCAUUCUAAACGGUCCAGAUAAUGCCCUAGCGUACCUUUUGGCUGAUGCAGGUUUUGACGUUUGGUUAGGAAACAACCGAGGCAACACUUAUGGCCGAAAACAUGUCAAUAUUUCGGCGGAUGAUACAAAAUUUUGGAAUUUUAGUUUCAAUGAAAUAGGUAUGCGAGACUUGCCAGCAAUGAUUGACUAUGUUCUUCACACGACCAAUCAAGAAAAACUCCAUUAUGUGGGACAUUCUCAAGGGACUACCAUCUUUUUUGUGCUCAUGUCAGUAAUUCCAAGUUACAAUUCAAAAAUUAAAACCGCUCACAUGUUGGCUCCGGUUGUAUAUUUGGAUCAAGCACAAACUCCAAUUGCUUUAAUCGGUGGACCGCUUCUUGGGCAUCCAUCAAUAUUUAGUGACCUCGUUGCAAAUCAUGAAUUACUUCCGGAUUAUGAUGCUAUAGCUAUUUUCGGAUCAGUUUUUUGUGUAGAUGGAUCAUGGUUACAAUGGAUUUGUGCGGAUCCAUUAUUUAUUACCGGUGGAUGGGACCCAAAGCACUUAAAUUACACACUUUUGCCACUUGCUCUAGAAACUCAUCCAGCUGGUACAUCAACGACAUCAUUUCUUCACUUUUUUCAGUUAUCUGAAUCAGGUUAUUUCCGCAAAUACGAUUAUGAAAAAGAGAAAAAUAACAAAAUUUAUGGCCAAGAUUCACCACCAAAUUACAAUUUGACAAAUGUUGUGUCUCCAGUGCGACUUUACUAUGGAGAUAAUGAUUACUUUUCAUCAUUGGAUAAUAUUAAAAGAAUUGAAAAAAUAUUGCCAAAUAUAGCAGAAAGUUACAAUGUUCCUGUGAAAGCUUGGAAUCACUUUGAUUUUGUUUGGGCAAUCGAUGUGAAGAAGUACAUCAAUGAUAAAGUUAUAAAGACAGCUCUACAUUUUGAGAAAACUAAGAAACAGUUAUAAAAAUAGAAAACAAAAAAUUUCAA